AUGUCCGACAAACGCCCAAAUCUGUUGGACCUGCGGUCGACCUCGCACGCCUCUGGCGUUUCCAGUGCCUCCAGGCCCCUUCGCUCCCCGCGCUUGCACAUUGCUGGUGAGGCGCCCCCCGAGCUCUCCCCACUCGACGCCUUUGCUCUCCAGAGUCGCCUUCUCGCCAAGCAGCUUCAAAAUGGCGACAAGGACGGCAACAGGGUCAGCCGACUGCCGCCUCUCACCCUCCAAAGCCCUUUGGUCGUGCAGGGCCGAUCUGAUUAUUUUCGAUCCAUGGCCCACGAAUCUCCAACGGACCCCGCCUUUUCGCCUGAUAGCGCCAGCGACUCUGUUGGCCUCAAGACUGAGUUCGAGGAUGCGUUUGAAGCCUGCGACCGUCCCGUUUCCAUGCACCCGCGCAUGAGCCGCAUCCAGCCCAAUCUCGAUGAUGCACCUCCCAUGCCAGGAGCUUUUCCCGAAAUGCCUCGCGGCCGCCAGCAACUCAUUCCCGACGGAACAGAUAGCUUCUUCGGAGCUCGUACCCGCUCCCCAUCCCCCAUCCAAAGCGACACUCAGUCGCAAUUCGAAAAACGAUCAGAAAAAUCACCAGUUCGAAAUAUCCCUGGCGCCUUUCCUUCCAACCAGCUCGCAGUUUCUCCCGAAAGACCACGUCCGUCUUUCGAAGACACUGGCCUUGUUCCUCCCAGGCCUCCCUUCAUGGCCAAGCGAACAUCAAGCAUCAAAUCCUCGCCUCCGGCCUCAAUAGAUGAUGACUUUACAAGCACUCCUGCCAGCUCUUUUCACUCCACAACAGCACGCAAGCUUUCCUCAGCAAGUAGCGCUUUUGCCGCUCCGGGACCUCUCCCAAACAGUUUCCAGAGAUCCCCCUCCGUGGCCUCUGACGCCUCCGGCCUUCCUCGUCCUUCUUUCAACUUUUCUCGCCCACUUAGUCGCGCUGGUACCCCUUCCUUCGACCUGCCUUCAAGACAAGCCUCCUCGGAUAGCCAGCCCUCAUUCUAUUUGGCCGAUGAUGCCCAUACGCCGGUCAGCAUGUAUAGUGAGGCAUUCCUCGAUCAGCAAGUAGAUGAUGGUAAAGGCACUGGCCAGUCAUAUAUAUACUCAAAAUUCACUCUGCCACGAGGAAAAGCUGUCCACAGGUCAGAACCGCCCGAAACAUACCCUCUCACACCUUCAACUUCAGAUCCACGCAAACUAUCAGGCGCGCCGCCUUCCCCACCAAGUCGCCCUUCUAGUUCAUCGGCGAGAUUCAUGGGAGACGACGCGUCAAGCUUCAUUGCCCGUCCUUCUUUUGAUGCGGGUAAGACGAGCUUGGACAUUGCCAGACUAGGUCCUGCAGGAUAUCCAUCUCCGAGUCCGAGCCGGCGCUCAGUCGAUGUCGCUCGGCGCUCAGAGGAAGUCGCUCGUGGCCGAACUUUACAAUCAAAUCUCAAUGAUGCACGUGGUAGAACGCCCGUAUCUACUACUCUGGCAUCCGCUAGUGCUGGCACCGUUCGACCACCCCCCACAGCAACGUCCUUUUCAUCUUCUUUACCCGAGUUAACAGCUGAAGACCAUUUGGAAAAGGGUGUCCAAUUGCACGAGAAUGGAUCACUCAAGGAGUCAACGUAUCAUUUGCGACUCGCUGCCAAGCAACACAAUCCUACUGCCAUGCUGCUUUACGCCCUUGCCUGUCGCCACGGCUGGGGGAUGCGGCCCAGCCAACGAGAAGGCGUUGAGUGGCUUCGCAAGGCUGCUGAACAUGCUAGUGUCGAGAUUGCCGACGACGAAGACCACGCCAAAGAGGGGACGCACGUAGAUGUUAUCGAACGGCGAGCGCAUAAGGCGCAGUUUGCCCUUAGUAUCUACGAGCUUGGAGUCAGUCACAUGAAUGGUUGGGGCAUUGAGCAAGACAAGGCUCUUGCUCUCCGAUGUUUUGAAAUCGCAGGCAACUGGGGCGAUGUUGAUGCUCUUGCCGAGGCAGGCUUCUGCUACGCCCAAGGUGUCGGCUGCAAAAAGAACCUCAAGAAGAGUGCCAAAUUUUACAGACUUGCCGAAACCAAGGGUAUGAGCAUGGUUGGCAAUAGCUGGAUUCACAAGGCCAAGUACAACGAUGAUGCCGCCAAAGACGCCAAAAAGAUACGAAGCAGAUCGAGAGCACGAACCAUGUUUGGCUUGAAGCAACGUUCCGUUGAGUAA